UUCUAGGUGCUUUUCCACAAUGGUCUCGUUCGUUUUGGUGGAAGCCGAAACUCAAGAAGUUCUCAUGAAUCUCAUACAGCACUUGGCUGCUAACUCCCUAAAAUUCACAGUGGCAUCAGAUUUGCGACGUUUAUUCGCUCGAACUUAUUUGGAUGUCGAAGGAACUGGAGCUUCAGAUGUCUCCUCGUCGAGUGAGAAUGUGCCAUCAUCAAGGCCUGAUGCAGCCGCAGUGAACGCUGCUGUCAACACUUCACAGCAGUUCCAUAAUGCCAUGUCGAAUCUUUUUGGAUUGGUCCCCAAGCCAGAACCAUCAGAAUCCACUUUUGCUCAGUGGGCGAAUGUUUCGGGAAACGCAGCACCAGUUGAGUCUAUGCACACUGAUUUGCUAUGCGCCGCUAGUCCAUAUUUGGAUAAUUAUCAAACAAACAACGCUUCCGCUUUGGAGUCACGUGCUCAUCAGAUGUUUGCCUCUGAAGGAACCUCCAGAGCUAUGAAACGACCAUGGAAUCAUCAGACUACGCCGGCGCAAGGUCCAAUGAUUCUCCCAAAGCAAGAGGAAGGUGUCGAGAAAAAGGAGAAAUUACGUGAAGUCCCUUGCCAGAUCUGUGGAAAACAUAUAACCAUGCGACGCUGUAAUCUUCGACAUCAUGCUGCUGUUGUGCAUUCAGGCAUUGAGAGAUAUGCAUGCCCCUGUGGCUAUGCUACUGUGCAUCGAAACACAAUUAUUCGGCAUAUGUUGAAGCAUGCAGCCAUUGAUGGAGAGAAACAUUAUGAAUUUACCGACUUACUAACCCCAGCCGAAGCGGAACGAAUUGAAAAACUGACUGAAGAAUGUUUCCGAGAAUACAAAACAAUUCCACGUCAUAAUGAAGAACAAAACGAUGAACUGACUAGAACUCUGGAAUGUCUAGCCAAUGGCGCCACUAAUGUUGUGCAACCGGAGCAAGUUCGAACUGAAGAGCUGGAAAAUUCACCGCAAUGAGUGAAUCAUUAUUUGAUUUUUUGAGGUUAUUCUGCUGUGAUUCUGCUGUUAUCGCGCUAUUCUCCCAAAUUGUAGUCAUAUAUGUGUGCUAUCUGUGUACAGUAAACAUGAAACCUAGUCUGCUCGUUAACUAGUUUAAGCUAAAUCUUUGAAAUCGAGGAAAUGAGCAUCAAACUUACCGUUCACUAAAGGUCGAAACUGCAAACAUAUUCGUGCCAAUGGCGGAGAAAACCUCAAAAAACUGUGUGUAUGUGUUUGUAUGUAUCAAAACAAAAACAACACAUUUGAGUAUAGAUAACUUUCAGCUUGCCUCAUCUUAUCCUACACCCG